AAAAAAAAACUUUACUAGACGGUGGCAUAGACACAUCAAAAUUUCACCUAAUUUAAGUGUAUAACUCAUUAUUUUCUUUCCUAACAUCUAACCAUGGUCCCAAUACCUAUAUUGUCUACCUCAUCAUCAUGAAAUUUUUUCAAUCUUUUAAAUAUUUAACCUUCCCUUGAAACCAUGGAUUCAUUGUUUGCACCAUUUUUAUAAUUUUAUUUUUUUAGUUUGUGAAAUCCAUGGCAAAGACUAAAAGAAUUUGUCUUAUUUUGUUAAGGUUAUUGGCCUUUGUGGCCACCUUGUCAGCAGUGAUUGUUAUGGUUUCUAGCCAUGAGAGAGUUAGCCUUUUCACUGUUUCCUUUGAAGCAAAAUAUACUAACUCCCCUGCUUUGAAGUACUUUGUGAUUGCAAACUCUAUUGUUACUGUCUACGGAUUUUUGGUCCUCUUUCUUCCGUCGGAAAGCUUGCUCUGGCGGUUUGUGGUUGUUGUGGAUAUGGUGUUGACCAUGUUACUCAUCUCAAGCAUCUCUGCAGCUUUGGCUAUAGCUCAAGUUGCAAAGAAAGGAAACAAUUAUGCAGCUUGGCUACCAAUAUGUGAUUCUGUCUCCAAAUUUUGCAAUCAUAUGACAGGAGCUUUAAUUGCAAGUGUCAUUGGAGUCAUAAUAUACAUGAUUCUUUUGUUGUAUUCCAUUUAUAGUGUCCUUGAUCCUCUCCUCUUGAGAAAAACUUGAGCAGCUCUUCCGGGCCUCAAAAUAGAACAUAAGGUGAAAUAAACUCAUAUUAAUUGAACAACAAUUUUAUUCUAGUUGUAAGUUGUAACAUUAAUCUCUUAGUGAUAUUUUACAAUUUUUUAUUUAUAA